AUGCCUCGCGGACCUAAGAAGCACCAAAAGCGCUUGAGUGCGCCCUCGCACUGGCUCCUGGACAAAAUGUCCGGAGUCUAUGCUCCCAAGGCCUCCCCUGGUCCUCACAAGCUCAGGGACUGCCUGCCUCUGAUCGUCUUCAUCCGCAACCGUCUGAAGUACGCUCUUAACGGCCGUGAGACCAAGGCGAUCAUGAUGCAGCGUCUCAUCCAGGUCGACGGCAAGGUCCGCACUGACCCUACCUACCCUGCCGGUUUCAUGGACGUCAUCGGUAUCGAGAAGACCGGCGAGAACUUCCGUCUCAUCUACGACACCAAGGGUCGCUUCACCGUCCACCGCAUCCAGGCUGAGGAGGCUGAGUUCAAGCUCUGCAAGGUCAAGAAGGUGCAGCUCGGCAAGGGCGGGAUCCCAUUCUUGGUUACGCACGAUGCGAGAACUAUCCGCUACCCCGACCCUGCCAUCAAGGUCAACGACUCCGUGAAGGUUGACAUCAACACUGGCAAGAUCAGCGAUUUCGUCCGCUUCGAUACCGGUGUUGUUGUCAUGGCCACUGGUGGUCGUAACAUGGGUCGUGUCGGUGUUGUCACCCACCGUGAGCGUCACGAUGGUGGUUUCAACGUUGUCCACAUCAAGGAUGCCAUUGACAACACUUUCGCUACUCGUGAGAGCAACGUCUUCGUCAUUGGCCAGGACAAGCCCUGGAUCUCCCUCCCCAAGGGCAAGGGUGUCAAGCUCUCCAUUGCUGAGGAGCGUGACCGCCGCCGCGCCUACGCCAUUGCCCAGUAA